UAAAGGUACCAAUAUGGCGGAGGCUUCUCUAGGAAGUUCAAGUCCAGUUGGCUCGUUAUCGUCAGAGGACCAUGAUUUUGACCCGACCGCAGAAAUGUUAGUCCACGAGUAUGAUGAUGAACAGACACUGGAAGAAGAGGAGUCUUUAGAGGGCGGGACGAAUUUUAACUCUGAACUUGCAGAUCUGGAGAAGGAAGGGAACAUGCCUUUGGAAGAACUUUUGGCUAUUUAUCGCUAUGAAGCUUCAGCAGGCUCCAGUAUAGACAGUUCCUCUGGAGACCUGACUGAUGAGUUGCCUGACAUGACAUUGGAUAAGGAGGAAAUAGCUAAAGACCUGUUGUCUGGGGAUUAUGAGGAGGAGACCCAGUCUUCAGCUGAUGAUCUUACCCCAUCAGUUACCUCCCAUGAAACCACAGAUUUCUUUCCACGAACACUUCGAUCCAAUACUGUCUCUGAUGGUGACAAAGAGUCAGAGUGUGACGAACUUGGCCCAAGUCCAGAAGACUCCAGAAAGGAAAUAAUGGUGGGAACAGAGUACCAAGCAGAAGUUCCGUCUUCUCUCUGUCACUACAAAGAAGGAGAGCAAGUGUAUGAAGAUGAAGAUGAGUUACUAUGGAGCCCAGACAGACUGUCAGAAAAUAAAGUUAGGAGCUUCCUCUCUGACGUAUUGGUGCGGACAACAAAUGAAAGAACAGGAUAUGACAAACCAGGGACACAUGUUCGAGACGAUGAGCAGGCUUUGUAUGAGCUUGUAAGAAGCAACUACAACACGCGUGAAGCACUAGAAAGAUACUGCAGUCAUGUAAAGUCCUCAAAAGAAAAAUCCCCUCCGUGGUCAGAAGAGGAAUGCAAGAAUUUUGAACAUGCUCUGCAGAUGUAUGACAAGAACUUUCACCUCAUCCAGAAACACAAAGUCACAACACGAACAGUAGCCGAAUGCGUAGCGUUUUAUUACAUGUGGAAGAAGUCUGAGCGCUUUGACGUCUUCGUGCAGCAGAAUCGGUUCGGGAAGAAAAAGUACAGCAGCUAUCCUGGUGUGACAGACCUGAUGGACAGGCUGGUGGAUGAAGCAGAAGGACUGGCGGUGGACAGCAGCUCCUCCUCUGUGUGUUCAGGAGCAGGUGGAGGAGGGAGGAUGGAGAGCACCACAGAACAGCAGCUCAGCUUGCUGAACUCCAUCACUGCCAGCGACCUCACAGCUUUGAGCAACACUGUAGCUACAGUGUGCACCCCCGCAGAGGUGAGUUGCUUGGACUCCUACAGCUUUCCUCCACUGGAAAGUCUCCACCGUGGAUCCCUGGACCACGACGAGUCCCUCGGGUUCCCUUCCAACGGUGCAGACGCCGACUGCCUCAACAUGCUGGACACCGGCUUCUACCACUCGGACCUGGGGCAGCUCGGAGGAGUGUGCGUCAACAAGGACUGCGAGCGUCCCUCCAAGAGACUCAAAAUGACGCUGCCCGACUCCUUCAUCAACGACGUUACUGUCGCGAACCUCGGAGUGGACUUCGAAACGCGUCGAACGACGACGCACCACCAUCGAAUCACCGGCGCCAAAAUGGCCGUGUCCGUCACAGACUUUGGGAGCUUAUCCGGUAGCGGUGAGCCCAACGGGUUUCUCGGAGCACAUGCACGGCACCACACGCAGCAUACUGCAGCACUUCAGUCCGAGUGAUCUUCCUCUUCUUCCUCCAAUCUUCCCUUUUAGAA